ACUGUGUUCCAACUGUGUGUUGUCAGUUCCAAGUCAAUCAUAGUUGAUGUUACUUAUGUCAAAGUUGACUGAUUGGCGAGAAUUUUCUUCCCAUGAUGUCACUACCAUCAGAAGGGCAGGGCAUAAGCUCUGUAAAGCCAUAGAAGAGGAAGAGAGAGAGACAUAGAGAGACAGAGAGAGAGAGAGAGAGAGAGAGAGAGAGAGAAGAAGAAGAAGUGAGAAGUGGGUGGAAAGUGCUGAAAGCUUUUUUUAAAAGGAGGUGCUAUACUUUAUCAGACACUUGUUCACUCUUUAACUAUUGAGAUACACACAGAGAAGGGACCAUGCACAGUAGCCCAAGGUACGCGUACCCUCCAGUGUUCACAGUUGAUGUUUCAGGAGGCUUUCCCCACCACAAUCAGGCAGCAGGCACUGACCCUCCCCUGGUCCCCUGCUGGACAUUACCUCCUGCCCGAGCCUCGGCCAAGAGAAGAGGCUGUGCAGGAAUGGGAUCUGCAGGAUGUCUCCUGAUUAUGGUCCUCCUGACAGUGUUUGCUGCACUGGGACUUGGAGCCUAUCAGAUCAAGAAGAUGCAGACAGAGCUUCUAAGUCUGAGACAGGAAAUCCACCCACAGAGUCACAGCAGUACACCACAGAGGCUAGUUGGGCAUGAAACUGAAGUUUAUAUGAAGCCCAAGCAAGCACCUGCUGCACAUCUGACGGGAAAAACUCAGGACAGUAAAUCAAAGACCCUGAAGUGGGAGUCCAGGCACGGCCGUGCUUUCACAGAUGGCAUUUUGUACCGUGAUGGUGGUUUACAGGUGAAUGACACAGGCCUCUACUUUAUCUACUCACACGUGGAGUUCCUAUCCAAUGGCUGCAAACCAAAGGACUCCCUGACCCACGUUGUGUACAUAAAGAGAGGCGAACUGCGGCUAAAACUCAUGAGUGAUCAUCGAGAAGGCUUCUGCCAAGUCGGUAGCAAGGAAAUGAGGACAGAUGGAAGUAACCUUGGCUCCAUGCAUCAGCUCAAGCAGGAUGACUGGGUGUUUGUCAACGUAUCCGAGCCAACUCGGCUCACUUCUGACUACAACAGCAAUUACUUCGGCCUUUUUAAACUCCCUUAAACACCUCAAAUAUUUGGCAGGCCAGUGUUCGGAGGAAAUUGGAAAAAGUGCAUUCGAAAUUCCAAGUUGGUCUCUGUGUGAGAAGAAGUAUUGGGAAUCAUCUAAGGAUGUUUAGCUCUUCUCUAUUUAAACUAUAAGCCAUUUUUAUUGUUUUCCGAACACUAACAUGCUCCAGUAUGGAGUGAAGUUACAGUAGUGUUAUUUAUUUACAGAUAUUUUAUAUGUAUGAAUGUAUGUAUGGAGGUGGUCUAAAUUCUAUAGCCAUAUAAAUGAUGGUCAUAUUGACCAUAAAUGUUUAAUAAUAUGCUAUUUACAGUGAGAUAUUUUUUUC